UGUCAAGGGGUCAGGAUCAAUCCGGUGUGAGUUGAUGAGGCAGGAAGGUGGGGAGGAAUGUGAGGAAUGUCCCUGUUUGUGUAGGACUCCAUUCAGUUCUUUGGCGAGCCGGCCGCCGGGAGCUUAUAAAAGGCCAGCGCCGCCCGCCCAGUCUCACACAGCUCUUCUCUCCAAGAAGACUCAGCUAGACCCACUCCAGCUCCGACCCUAGGAGACCGACCUCCUCCAGACAGCAGCAGCUCCAGCCCAGCCGACAACCCCAGACGCCACCGCCUGGAGCGUCCAGACACCAACCUCCGCCCCAUCCGAGUCCAGUCUCCGGCCGCGCCUCUCGUCGCCUCUGCAUCCCGCUGUGCGUUCCUCCGCCGCGCCCAGACCAUGCUCGCCUCCGUCGCUGGUCCCAUCAGCCUCGCCUUGGGGCUCCUCGCCCUUUGCACCCGGCCUGCUACCGGCCAGGACUGCAGCGCGCAGUGUCAGUGCGCAGCCGAAGCGCCGCGCUGCCCCGCCGGCGUGAGCCUGGUGCUGGACGGAUGCGGCUGCUGCCGCGUCUGCGCCAAGCAGCUGGGAGAACUGUGUACGGAGCGUGACCCCUGCGACCCACACAAGGGCCUCUUCUGCGAUUUCGGCUCCCCCGCCAACCGCAAGAUCGGCGUGUGCACUGCCAAAGAUGGUGCACCCUGUGUCUUCGGUGGGUCUGUGUACCGCAGCGGUGAGUCCUUUCAAAGCAGCUGCAAAUACCGAUGCACUUGCCUGGAUGGGGCUGUGGGCUGCGUACCCCUGUGCAGCAUGGACGUGCGCCUGCCCAAGGGCAAAAAGUGCAUCCGGACGCCUAAAAUCGCCAAGCCUGUCAAGUUUGAGCUUUCUGGCUGCACCAGUGUGAAGACAUACAGGGCUAAGUUCUGUGGGGUGUGCACAGACGGCCGCUGCUGCACACCACACAGAACCACCACUCUGCCAGUGGAGUUCAAAUGCCCUGAUGGCGAGAUCAUGAAAAAGAACAUGAUGUUCAUCAAGACCUGUGCCUGCCAUUACAACUGUCCUGGGGACAAUGACAUCUUUGAGUCCCUGUACUACAGGAAGAUGUAUGGAGACAUGGCAUAAAGCCAGGGAGUAAGAGACAUGAACUCAUUAGACUAUAACUUGAACUGAGUUACAUCUCAUUUUCUUCUGUAAAAAACGAUUACAGUAGCACAUUAAUUUAAAUCUGUGUUUUUAACUGCUGUGGGAGAAAACAUCCCACCAGAGUGAGAACGUUAUGUCAUUGUCAUACAAGUAGUCUGUCAAUCUCAGGCACUGGUUUCCGUUUAGACUUGACAGUUGUUCAUUAGCGCACAGUGCCAGAACGCACACAGAGGUGAGUCUCCUGGAACAGUGGAGAUGCCAGGAGAAAGACAGGUACUAUCUGACGGCAUUUUCCUAGCAGCAAUGUGCCUACUUUUUGGAGUGUAACAGGGGAGGGGAAUUAUAGCAUGCUUGCAGACAGACUUGCUCUAGCAAGAGCUGGGCGUGUGUCCUCUUCUACAUGAGGCUGAGUCCGGCUGUUCUUUAAGAACAGCAGUUUCAGCUCUGACAUUCUGAUUCCAAUGACACUUGUCAGGAGUCAGAACUUUGUCUAUUAGACUGGACAGCUUGUGGCAAGUGAGUUUGCCUGUUACAAGCCAGAUUUUUAUUGAUAUUGUAAAUAUUGUGGAUAUAUACAUAUGUACAGUUAUUUAAGUUAAUUUAAAGUCAUUUGUUUUUGUUUUAAGUGCUUUUGGGAUUUUAAACUGAUAGCCUCCAACUCCCAACACCACAGACAGGACAUAAAGCUUGUCUGUGAUUCAAAACAAAGGAGAUACUGCAGUAGAAAUUGUAACCUGAGUGACUAUCUGUCAGGACAAGUGGUGUGUAGAUGGUAAAACAACGUCGUGGAAGUCAGAAUUCUAGUAGGAAAUGUGGUAAAAUCUCUGUUGGUGAACAAAUGGCCUUCAGAGAGAAAUGGCUGGCUCAGGGUAACUGGUCAGAUUUCCACCAGGAAGUGUUUGCUGCUCUGAUUAUGACUGGUUUGGGGGAAGGGCGCAGUUUAUUUGUUGAGAGUGUGACCAAAAGUUACAUGUUUGCACCUUUCUAGUUGAAAAUAAAGUAUAUAUAUAUAUAUAAAUAUUUUUUUUUAUAUGAAA